AAGAUAUAACUUUUCGCGUUACUGCGCAUUUGUGUCAAAUUUUGGCGCGUAGCAUGCAUUUGUUUUUAACUUCGUAACCUUGUUUCCUUGUUCCUUUAUUAGAUGCAUGAGAAGGUCUUAGUUGAAUCAUUAAUUAAUUCGUGUUAAAAAAUUAUUUUAUUUUGUUAGUGUUAUAAAAGAGAAUUGUUAAAAUGACAUCAUUACGAAAUACAGGAAAGUUUCGAAUGGAUAAAAAAAAUAUCAAAAAUGAUCAAAAAGAUAUUAAUCCUGAGUCUGGUGCAGCUUCCGAAGAAAGCUCAGUAGGAAGAUUAAAUCAAAUUAAUGAAAAUAUAAGAGUGGAUAUUCUGUAUGGAUUUCACACAGUUACUGAUAUAAAAGAAAGAGUUGGAUUUUUAAUUAAUAUGCAUACUACAGAAAUUAGAGAAGAUGACAAACGCUUAUUAAGUGGCGUAGACUACUAUUUCUUAGAAGAGGAUUGUACCAGAUUUAAAAUUUCAUUACCAUAUCGUCCAUAUUUCUAUAUCUUAUGUCGUAAAGAUACUUUAGAAGAAGUUUCUACUUUUUUAUAUAAGAAAUAUAAUGGUCGUGUUGUUAAAAUUGAACCUAUUAGUAAAGAAGAUUUAGAUUUAUCCAAUCAUUUAAUCGGUUUGAAACAAAAAUAUUUGAAAUUGUAUUUUGAAAAUACAGUUGAUUUAACGAAAGUAAGACGUGAAAUAAUGAGCGCCGUUAGAGUAAAUAAGGAAAGAGAAAAAAGUCGUACUUAUUACACAGAUAUGUUGUCUAAUGUUUUGAAUCCAACUGAAGAACAAAAGGGAAAACAGAUUGUAGACCAUAUGGAAAAUAUUCUUGAUAUCAGGGAAUAUGAUGUACCGCAUCAUCAACGAGUAUCCAUUGAUGCUGGUAUAUUCUGUGGUGCUUGGUAUUCUGUUAAAAGUAAAGGAUCUGAACCAGCUAUUAUUACAAGAAGGAAUGAUAUUAUUGAACCUCCAGAUCCAAUUGUAUUGGCAUAUGAUAUUGAAACAACAAAACUUCCAUUAAAAUUUCCAGAUGCUAGUACAGAUCAAAUUAUGAUGAUAUCAUAUAUGAUAGAUGGACAGGGAUAUUUAAUAACAAAUAGAGAAAUAAUUUCAGAAGAUAUAGAAGACUUUGAAUAUACGCCAAAGCCAGAAUUUGAGGGUUUAUUUACAAUUUAUAAUGAACCCAAUGAAAAAGCAACAAUAAAGAAAUUUUUUGAUCACAUCAAUGAUGUCAAACCACAUAUUUUUGUCACAUACAAUGGUGACUUUUUUGAUUGGCCUUUUGUGGAAGCAAGAGCAGCUGUUCAUAACAUGACAAUGAAAGAUAGAAUUGGUUUUACAAAAAAUCGUGAAGGAGUUUACUCUAGUAAACCAGCUAUACAUAUGGAUUGUUUGAACUGGGUGCGGCGUGAUUCUUAUCUUCCUGUUGGAUCACAAGGUUUAAAAGCUGUUACAAAAGCAAAGCUUCGAUAUGAUCCAGUUGAAUUAGAUCCUGAAGAAAUGUGUAGACUAGCAGUUGAAGAACCACAAACUCUUGCGAGUUAUUCUGUAUCUGAUGCAGUAGCAACCUAUUAUUUAUAUCAAAAAUAUGUGCAUCCAUUUAUAUUUGCGUUAUCUACUAUUAUUCCCUUGGAACCUGAUGAGGUACUUAGAAAAGGUAGUGGAACUCUUUGCGAAUCUCUUCUUAUGGUAGAGGCUUUUAAAGCUAAUAUCAUAUUCCCUAAUAAAGAAGAAGCAGAGCUGAAUAAGUUAACUAAGCAUGGUCAUGUAUUAGAUCAAGAAACAUAUGUAGGUGGUCAUGUAGAAGCAUUGGAAAGUGGGGUAUUUCGAGCAGAUAUUCCAUGCCAUUUUAAAAUAGUACCAAACAUGAUAAAUGAAUUAAUGAACGGAGUUGAAAGUGCUUUAAAAUAUGCAAUCCAAGAAGAAGAAAAAGUACCAAUAGAUAUGAUAACCAAUUUUGAUGAUAUUGUAAUAGAGAUAAAAAAUAAGUUACAAUCUCUGAAGGAUCAUCCUUUGAGACUUGAAAAUCCUGUGAUAUAUCAUUUGGAUGUUGGUGCAAUGUAUCCAAAUAUUAUUUUAACUAACCGACUGCAGCCUUCUGCUAUGGUUAAUGAAUUUGACUGUGCUGCAUGUGAUUACAACAAACCUGGAGCUCUUUGUAAGAGAGAAAUGAAAUGGAUGUGGAGGGGAGAAUAUUUGGCUGCUAACAUAGGUGAAUACCAAAGAAUUCAACAGCAACUUGAAAUUGAAAAAUUCCCUCCAUUCUUUCCUGGAGGUUCUCAAAGAGCAUUUCAUCAAUUGUCUAAAAAAGAACAAGCGGCUUUUGAAAAAAAAAGACUUACAGAAUACUCUAAGAAAGUAUACAAAAAGGCCAAAAUCACAAGUAUGGAAGAAAGAACUCAAAUUGUCUGUCAAAAAGAAAAUUCUUUCUAUGUAGAUACUGUACGAGCAUUCAGAGAUAGACGAUAUGAAUAUAAGGCACUAACUAAAGUUGCUAAACAGCAAGUAACAGCAGCUACAGCACAGGGUGAUGCAGCUGAUAUUAAAUCUGCCAAAAAUAGAGAAGUUUUAUAUGAUUCUUUACAGUUAGCUCAUAAAUGUAUUCUCAAUUCUUUCUAUGGCUAUGUCAUGAGAAAAGGAUCACGGUGGCAUAGCAUGGAAAUGGGUGGUAUUGUAUGCUAUACAGGAGCUAAUAUUAUCAUGAAAGCCAGAGAAAUCAUAGAACAAGUUGGUCGACCAUUAGAAUUAGAUACAGAUGGUAUUUGGUGUGUGUUGCCUGCAUCAUUCCCAGAUAGUGUGAUUGUUCAUACUACUCACCCAAAAAAAUCGAAACUUACUAUUUCUUAUCCUAAUGCUAUUCUCAACUAUAUGGUCAAAGAAAAAUUCACUAAUUAUGUAUAUCAUGAACUUGUGGACUCUGAAAAUAUGAAAUAUGAAAUAAGACAUGAGAAUUCAAUUUUUUUUGAAGUCGAUGGACCAUAUUUAGCUAUGGUAUUGCCAGCAGCAAAAGAAGAAGGAAAAAAAUUAAAAAAACGAUAUGCAGUAUUUAAUUUUGACGGUAGUUUGGCAGAGUUGAAAGGUUUUGAGGUCAAAAGAAGAGGUGAAUUAGAAUUAAUUAAAAAUUUUCAAUCUUCUGUUUUUGAAUCAUUUUUGCACGGUAAAACACUGGAGGAAUGUUAUGCAUCUGUUGCUAAAGUGGCCAAUCAUUGGCUUGAUAUUCUUUAUAGCAAGUGUGCAAAUAUACCUGAUAUGGAUUUAUAUGAACUUAUAACUGAAAAUAAAUCUAUGUCACGUAAAUUAGAAGAAUAUGGGCAACAAAAGUCUAUAUCAAUUACAACUGCCAAAAGAUUGGCUGAAUUUUUAGGAGAUGAAAUGCUCAAGGAUGCAGGUUUAGCAUGUAAAUCUGUUAUAGCUAUAAAACCUGUUGGUGCACCUGUUACAGAACGGGCUGUGCCUUUGGCCAUAUUUCAAGCAGAUCCAGCAGUGAAGAAACAUUAUUUACGAAAAUGGUUAAAAGAUUCAAGUAUACAAGAUGAUGAUAUACGCCAAAUAUUGGAUUGGGGUUAUUACAUUGAAAGGCUUGGAAGUGCUAUACAGAAAAUUAUAACUAUACCAGCAGCUAUGCAAGGGCUUGCAAAUCCAGUUCCAAGAGUCAAACAUCCAGACUGGUUGCAUAAAAAAGUAAUGGAGAAGAAUGCAAUUCAUAAGCAAAAACAGAUCACUGAUUUUUUUAAUAAAACAAAUACAUCUAGUGACGAAAAUAACGAUAGUAAUGCGAACGUUGCAGAAUCUUGUGACAUAGAAGAUUUAACAGGUAGAAAAGAAAGUUUUAAAGUACCUGUUGCAAAUGUUAUAAAAAGAAAAAGAAGAAACAGUGAAGAGGAAGAAGAUAAUAUUAAAAAUAAAAGUUGGAAAGAAAUAUUAGGUGCACCACCUCCUAGAGGAACUACAAAAGAGGAACGCUUAAAGUGGUUGGAAUUUCACAAAAAGAAAUGGCAAUUUCAAGCUAAACAAAGAGGACAACAUAUUAAGAAAAAAAGUAAAAUGGCAGACAAUGAUAAUGAAUCUAGUUUUGGUGUAAUAAGAAAUCCUCAAUCUUCAACAACAUUAUCGGGCUUCUUACGACGUGCACAGAAAAAAAUACUUCAGACGCCAUGGCAAAUUGUUGAAUUGACACCAACAAAUGAACCUGGCAUGUUUCGAUUGUGGAUAAUGGUAGAUGAUGAUUUGCAAAGAGUGCGUCUUAUAGUACCACGUAUUUUUUAUGUAAAUAGUCGUGAAGUAAGACCUGAUCCUGGUCCAAAUCAAUUAUGGAAAAAAUGUUCUAGAAUUUUACCAAGAUCGCGCAGAGUAUAUAAUCUUUAUCAAUAUUCAGUACCAGAAACACUGUACCAACAACAUAAUCAAGGCUUAAUAUCGGAUUUAACUAAACCAUAUAUUGAAGGAAUUUAUGAGACUCAAAUGUCAUUAGAAUUUAGAGCUAUACUUCAAUUAGGAUGUGUGUGUAUUGUGGAUCCAAAGUCAAGAAGAAAAAUACCAGAUGGAUCUGAUACGUUUUUAUUAGAACAAUUACAAUUUAAAAGUAUUGCUGUACAACCUUAUCUCCAACAGUGGGAAUCAAUGAAUCAUAUAUUUUUAUAUCAUCAUUGGAGCGCAAAUCAUCAAAAAUCCUUAUGGGGACUAUUUCUAAGUGCAAGUAAACGAGCACAUAUAUUUAUCUUGGAUUCAGUUUCAUCUAAUCAAAUGCCAAACCUAAAUGCAUUAUAUACACAUGAGAAAAAUAUAACUGUAGAGAAAAUUGGACAGGACAAAGUAAAAACAUUACCUGAUACAAUGAAAUUUGUAGUUAAAGUAGAAACAAAUUUCCAGCAAAUGUGUAGAGUAUUACAAGCAGCUUUACAAGCAUAUAAAAAUGAAAAUCAUGGUAAUACAGUUGUAAUCUUGCAAACAGCAACAGAUAGAGCAACUUUAACUGCAGAAAUGCCUUUACUCCAUGAAUUCCCAUUAAUUAAUACACAUGUUCGUGAUGUUGAAAACUUAUAUCAUACAAUGGAAUGGCAAAAAUUAGGUGCUAAAAUGAUGAUAAGACAUUAUUUAAAAAUUCAACAAAUAUUAGAGUUAAUGGUAGAACAAUGCAGAUUCUUUCAUGUUCCUAUUGGAAAUAUACCAGCUGAUCCAACUCUUUUUGGAGCAGAUUUAUUUUAUGCUAGACAUUUACAGAAAAAUAACUUUAUAUUAUGGUGUUCUCCAACUGAGAAACCUGACCUUGGUGGUAAUGAAAAUGAUGACAGCAGAUUAUUAACUGCCUUCGAAGAAAGUACAAGCUGCAUUAUAAAUAAUGCAGCUACAUAUUCUAGUGUAUGUGUAGAAUUAGAUAUAGAGAGCCUUGCAGUAAAUACAUUAUUGCAACAUCAUAAUGUUCAUAUUAUUGAUGGUACUAAUACAUUUGUUGCAUUUAGCAACAUACAAAAAGCAUCAUUACAGGAAAUGGUAACAGGUGAUACGCCAAUUGCCUCAAUUCCAAGUUAUGACGAAACUACAUUAUGUAGUCCCGCUUUUAAAAUAUUACAAAUUAUGGUAAAUGCAUGGUUACGUGAUGUAACAGUGUAUAAAAAUGUCUUUGCAGAUUAUCAAAUAAUACAUUUUUAUAGAUGGUUGCGUUCACCUAAUGCAUUGUUAUAUGAUCCCGCCUUAUAUCGUAUAUUAUGUAAUUAUAUGAAGAAAUUAUUUAUACAAUUGAUAGCAGCAUUUAAAAAUCUUGGUUGUAUCAUUGUAUUUGCAAAUUUUAAUAAGAUCAUUGUAUGCACAAAAAAGAGAACAUUAUCCGAUGCUUUAGGGUAUGUAGAAUUUGUUGUUACUACUAUACGUGACAAAGAACUUUUUCAUAGCAUUGAGAUGACUUCUGAGCAAUGUUGGGAGUAUUUAAUUUGGUUAGAUUUGCAUAAUUAUGCUGGCAUAAAGGGGAAGAUACAAAAAAUUACAGAUGAAAAUACUACCCAAGCUGAUGAUAAUAGUGGCACAAAAGAUAAUACUCCCAGUAGCUCUACUGCUGAUAAUGAUGAUAAUAAUGAUGAUGACACACCUGAAAUUGUAAUGAACUGGAACUUGGCAUCUUAUUUACCUAAAGAAGUAGCAUGUCAAAGUACUUUUAAUGCUAUUAUUGCAGGAUACAUAAGUGCUACUUAUCAACAUAUAUGUACAAACGAAGAAACAUCUGAUAAUCUUUUACAUAAAAAAAGAACUGAUUGUAGUCAAGAUUUUAUUGCACCACUCGGACUUGGUGCAUUGGAAAAUACAGCAGAUUUUGCUAAAAAACUUAUUUCAGGAGAAAUGUCACAAAAACUUUUUCAAAUAAUACAGAAAAUACAUAAAAAAAUGCCAGAAAAAGUAUUAACAUGUCAAGAACAUCCUGAUUUAAAUCUAGAUGGCAAAGAUAAUAAAACAAUUAAUCCAGCACUUGAAUUAAUAAAAGCUGUAUGCAAGGUUUUAUCUUUGGACAAAGAACUUGAGAACGAAGUAUAUAAUUUACAAACAAAUUUGUUGCGAUUAAUAAGAGUAGGUGGUUUUGGUGAUGAUGUUGAAUGGAAAGAUCCGUGCAUAUCUCUCAUAUUGCCCGAGAUCAUAUGCAAAGGAUGUAAUCAUACCAGGGAUAUAGAUCUUUGUAAAGAUACUUAUGUACAUGUAGAAAAUAAUAAGUGUAUGUGGAAGUGCCCUCUAUGUGAAACAAUUUAUGAUAAUAAAGAAAUAGAAUUUUUACUAAUAAAUAUAUUAAAUCGCAAGAGUAUGGCAUAUAUACUCCAAGAUUUACAAUGCAGUAAAUGUCUUGAAAUUAAGAGAGGAAAUAUGGAUGAACGUUGUACUUGUGGUGGUGAUUUUAAAACAUUAGUGUGUGCAAAAGAAAUUGCACAGUAUGCAAAAAAAUGUAAGUCUAUAGCUAAUAAGUGUCAAAUGAGUAUUUUAGCGGAAAUGGUCAACAAAACAGGACUUUUGCCGUGUGAAGUGUAAUAUUUUAUGGUUUUUUUUAUUUUGUAUAUUUAUAAUACUAUAAUAAUAAAAAUAAUGGAAAUACAAUCUC